CAUAAAGACAUCAAGGAGCCUCCACAUCAUGUGCCACAUUCCAGUCUUCUGUUGGAUUUCUGCAACAGUCCUUGAACACAUGCUGGAACAUAAGAGAGAAGAGAUGCCCAAGACUCUGACUGAGAUGUACACACACCUUGUGGUGUUUCAUACCAAACAGAAGAAUGAAAAGUAUCUUGGGAAAGAAGAGACAGAUCCACACUGGAAUAAAGAGAGCAUUCUGUCACUGGGAAAACUGGCUUUUCAACAGCUUGUGAAGGGCAAUCUGAUUUUCUAUGAAGAAGACCUGAAAGAGGCUGGCAUUGAUGUCAAUGAAGCCUCAGUGUACUCAGGAUUGUGCACACAGCUCUUUAAAGAGGAACGUGGGCUGUACCAGGACAAGGUGUACUGCUUUGUGCAUCUGAGCAUUCAGGAGUUUCUGGCUGCUGUAUAUGUGUUCCUCUCAUUCAUCAACAACAAUGAGAAUGUAAUGGACAAACUGAGAACAACGUCCAGGAACUAUUCUGUGAGGAUCAAACAAAGGCGUAAAGUUACUUUCUACAAGAGUGCUGUGGAUAAAGCCUUACAAAGUGAGACGGGAAACCUGGACCUUUUCCUCCGCUUCCUUCUGGGCCUCUCACUGGAGUCCAAUCAGAAGCACUUACGAGGUCUACUGACAAAGACAAGAAGCAGCUCACAGAGCCAUGAAGAAACAGUCAAGUACAUCAAGAAGAAGAUCGGGGAGGAUCUCUCUCCAGAGAGGAGCAUCAAUCUGUUCCACUGUCUGAAUGAACUGAAUGACCAUUCUCUAGUGGAGGAGAUCCAAAGCUACCUGAGAUCAGGAAGUCUCUCAAAACCCAACCUGUCACCUGCACAGUGGUCAGCUCUGGUCUUUGUGUUGCUGACUUCAGAAAAGGAGCUGGAUGUGUUUGACCUGAAGAAAUACUCCAGAUCAGAGGAAGGUCUUCUGAGGCUGCUGCCAGUGGUCAAAGCCUCCAGAGCUGUUCUGCUGUCAGGCUGUGGAGUCACAGAGGAAGGCUGUGCUUCUCUGGUCUCAGCUCUGAGGUCAAACCCCUCACACCUGAGAGAGCUGGACCUGAGUAACAAUGACCUGAAGGAUUCAGGAGUGAAGCUGCUCUCUGCUGGACUGGAAAAUCCCCACUGUAAACUGGAGACUCUGAGGCUGUCAGGCUGUGGAGUCACAGAGGAAGGCUGUGCUUCUCUGGUCUCAGCUCUGAGGUCAAACCCCUCACACCUGAGAGAGCUGGAUCUGAGUAACAAUGACCUGAAGGAUUCAGGAGUGAAGCUGUUCUCUGCUGGACUGGGGAAUCCCCACUGUAAACUGGAGACUCUGAGGCUGUCAGGCUGUCUAGUCACAGAGGAAGGCUGUGCUUCUCUGGUCUCAGCUCUGAGGUCAAACCCCACACACCUGAGAGAGCUGGACCUGAGCUACAAUCACCCAGGAGACUCAGGAGUCAGACUGCUCUCUGCUGGACUGGAGGAUCCACACUGCAGACUGGAGAAACUCAAUGUGGAACAUGGUGGAGAGAACAGAAUGAAACCUGGGCUUAGAAAAUAUGUCUGUGAUCUCACACUGGACCUAAACACAGUAAACAGACUCCUCUCUCUGUCUGAGGAGAACAGAAAGGUGACAUGUAGGAGAGGAGCAGCCAUAUCAUGAUCACCCAGAGAGAUUUGAGGACUGUAGACAGGUGCUGUGUAGAGAGGGUCUUACUGGGUGCUGUUACUGGGAGGUAGAGUGGAGUGGGAGAGGGGCUGUUAUAGGAGUGACAUAUAAAGGAAUCAGCAGGAGAGGAAGGGUUGAUGACUGUAGGCUUGAGAAAAUGACAAGUCCUGGAGUCUGUUCUGCUCUGACAACAGUUACACUGCCAGGCACAAUAAUAAACCCACUCUCAUAGACCCCUCUUCCAGCUCCCACAGAGUAGGAGUGUAUCUGGACUGGUCAGCCGGCACUCUGUCCU